CUACUAUAAAUUGCAUAAAAUAACUGCAGGCUUAUUAACAGCCGAUAAAUAGUAAAAGCAACGCUGUUAUCUGUUUAGCCAGUACAAUCAGCUACAACCGCGGUUACAAUAAACAGUGAAAAUUACUUGACAAAUAAUUGUUAUCAAUCGUAGUGUGAACUCAGGGCUGAACGCUUGCGUCCUAAUCUUUAGUAAAAAAAAAACUUAAAAAGAUAACUUAAAAAAGAAUAGUGAUGAGGUUCGUCGAAAAGAUCGCGAAACAGGCAAGGGAGCCUGAUUCUGCAGCCAGUUCAGUCAGAUCCGUUGACAGUUACGAAAUAUUCGGGAGUGCGUGUUCCGACUUCACGGACUGUGAAUAUUGUGAAGACCGAAGAAAACGUUAUAAGAAAUAUAAUAAAUAUCACUCGCCAAGCAUCACAAGCCACAGUUACUAUAGCGCCAUGAGUAGGGCGGAGGCCGAGCCGCUUCUGCAGGGCGCUGUCACGCCUACCUACAGGGCUGUCAGUGUCGAGAGCAUCGACUCUUUAGGGCCUGCAGAAUUGUCGUCAGACGCUGUCCUAGAAACAUUCAACAAGACAUUUGAGAAGACUUUCAAGCCAGACACAAAGAAACAGAGUUCAUUAGUUACUAUUUUUUCAGUAUGGAACACGAUAAUGGGUUCGUCGUUGCUGACGAUGGCGUGGGGGGUGGAGAGAGCUGGUCUCCCGGCUGCUUUGGUGCUGGUCGCUUUUAUGGCAGCGCUGUGUUUGUAUACUGCCUAUGUUCUGCUCAGGGUUAAUAAGCAUCAUGGUAGUGACAGCUGUGAGGUGCCAGCACUAUGUCGGACCCUGCUGGGCCAGUGGGCGGAGGUGGUGGCGCAUAUCUUCAGUCUUCUCGUGCUGCUCGGCGCUAACAUAGUGUACUGGAUACUUAUAACAAACUUCUUGUACUUCACUGUCAAUUAUUUUGUUGAUCUCAACAGCUCCAACGAAACAAUAUACAACACAUCGCUCCUCUGCCCUCGUCACGUGAACGAGUCUCUCCUAAUAGCGGAGCCCGAGGCCGACUCGGCGUACUGGGGGCUCCACACGACGGUGCCCAUCUAUGUGGCGCUUAUAGUCUUCCCACUGCUCAACUUUAAGAACGUUUCGUUUUUCACCAAGUUUAAUUCGCUGGGUACAUUAUCAGUAGCCUACCUCCUAAUCUUCGUGCUGGUAAAGGGUUACGCGUGGGGCAUCCACAUUGGCGAGCUAUUUACACAGACACACGCCAUCAGGAACGCAGCCGUGCUCAGCGGCAUGUUAGCACUGUCAUUCUAUAUACACAACAUUAUUAUUACGAUAAUGAGCAAUAAUGCGAGGCAGGAUAAGAAUGGCAGGGACUUGACGAUAGCAUUUCUGCUUGUGACCGUUACAUACACGUUGGUGGGAGCUGUCUUUUACAUCUGCUUCCCACUCGCCAAGUCGUGUAUUGAAGAUAAUUUGUUAAACAACUUCGAAAUGCAUGAUGUCAUGACUGCAGUUGCUAGAAUGUUGCUACUAUUUCAAGUAGUGACAGUGUACCCGCUAGUCGCGUUCAUGUUACGGUCAGAAGCUAUCCUGCUUCUACCCUUCAAGGAGACGCGAGGAUUGACCAUCAUCAUCAACAUUUCUAUAAUGGCUAUGUGUAUAUUAGUAGCUUGUUUUUGUCCAAGCAUUGGAACUAUUAUUAGAUACACAGGCGCAGUAAGUGGUCUUGUCCACAUAUUCGCUUUACCCUCGCUCCUUCAAAUCCGUUCGCUCCAACUUCGCGGCAAACUGACCUGGUGGAAGACUGUCUUCUACUGCAGCAUUAUGGUCUUCGGAGCCGUCAACUUACUCAUGCAGUUCUUUAUUGACGAGUAGAAGUGACCUUGGAAUGGAAGUGACCUUGGAAGUAGUUGAAUUGACCUUGGAAUUAACGUCAAGA